UUUUAACAGAGGGACGUUUGAAAUUAAACAAGCGUUGUGUGGGGGAAGUGAUAGCCAGCCACGAUAAAAGCCCAGUUAGUUCGUCUUGAAGAUUGGAUUUAGUCUAUGUUAAAGGCCAAUUAACGUUGCUGCGAUAAGUGGUUUUCACAGGAUUUUUGUUGUAAGGUUGCUUUGGAUGUUCCUUAUGUGUGUCGCUAGCUAGCCGCAGACUUCAGCUGUCGUCAACUGGCCGUGCUAGCUAGGCCAACGCUAAUUAAGGAUAAUUUAAAAUCGGGGCAACUUAUCGGGCUGAGCUUUGUCUCGAUAACCGCUUAAUAAACCAUUUAGGACUAUGGACCCUAGGCUCAAGCAGACAAAGGACAUAAAAGCUCACAGACCAGAAAUGAAGACAACUGGUUAUGGACCAAAACGGAUUCCUGUAUCACAACACUCUCAGAUGACUGAGAAAGCUGUGGUUACACCAACUCCACAUCAACGGGUCCUAGGUUUAUCAAAUGGACCUCAGCGCAUUCAGCGGCCCAUGAGCCACCAGAAACCAGUGACCCAAGUCUCUGUUGCUCUUAAGUCAACACAUCCCUCUGAUCAGAACACAAACCCUGCUAGUCAGAAUGGAAAUUCUGCACCACAGUCAAAACCAAGUUCUCAGCAAAACCAGCCAAAGACAAAUGUGCCCAAGAUCACCCAGGAAUCGGCCAAGCCACCACCUGAAUCAGCAAAGCUGGAGAAGCAGGAGCACAAACCCACCAAGAACGAGUCUGCAAAGGCCUCUUCAUCAAAACAACUUUGGAGCCUAGAAAACUUUGACAUUGGUCGUCCUUUGGGCAAAGGUAAAUUUGGCAAUGUUUAUCUGGCCAGAGAGCGACAAAGCAAGUUUAUCCUUGCCCUGAAGGUGCUAUUCAAAAAGCAACUGGAGAAAGCUGGGGUGGAACAUCAGUUGAGGAGAGAAGUGGAGAUACAGUCUCACCUGAGGCACCCCAACAUCUUGCGCCUGUUUGGGUACUUCCACGACUCGUCUCGUGUGUAUCUCAUUCUUGAGUUUGCGCCCAAAGGAGAACUGUAUGGUGAGCUGCAGCGCUGUGGAAGCUUUCCUGAGGACAGAAGUGCCACGUACGUCAUGGAGCUAGCAGAUGCUCUGAACUACUGUCACUCCAAGAAGGUGAUCCACAGGGACAUCAAACCAGAGAAUCUGUUACUGGGGGCUAAUGGAGAGCUGAAGAUUGCAGACUUUGGAUGGUCUGUUCACACACCUUCCUCCAGGAGGUCCACGUUGUGUGGAACACUAGACUAUUUACCUCCAGAGAUGAUUGAGGGAAAAACGCAUGAUGAGAAGGUGGACCUGUGGAGCCUUGGCGUUCUUUGUUUUGAGUUUCUUGUGGGCAAACCACCCUUUGAGGCGAAAAGUCAUGAGGAGACCUACCGCAGGAUAUCAAGGGUGGAGUACACAUAUCCUGCACAGACCAAUAUUAGUGCCGGAGCCAAAGACUUGGUUGCCAGGUUGUUGAAGCACAACCCAAUGCAUCGGCUGCCCAUCCAGGGAGUUCUGUCUCAUCCCUGGGUUGUUGAGUCCUCGACUAAGAAGCCGACAACCCUGAACAAGAGCGCAGCCGAACAACCCCUUUGUUCCUGAGCCAGCUUCUGAGGUUUUUACAUGAGACUAAUGCAAACACAGGCUGCACAAAGAGGUAGAACAUCAGACUGCCUGUUCUAACAUGGUGCCUGCCUGUAUUUUGAGCCACUAGCUUAUUCUUUCUCUGUUCUUAUCUUUUUUUUUUGUCUUACAAAUGGCAUCUCAUUGCCUGUAAAUAUUUCACUGUUUUUCUAUAAUUAUAAAAGGUUUCGCGUCUUUCUAAAAUGCCAUUACUUGAAAUAAAUAAAUUAUCCUUUUUAAUGGAAUGUCACUUUAAAACUAACUGCGUCGAAGGUAUUGGUUGUCUACAUUCAAGUCUCAAUUUUCAAGCUUUUGGUAAAUGAAAUUUUAAAUUCAAGCUCGUCCGUGUGUUCAACUCGUAGUGAUGCUCAAUGCCCAGCAGAGGGCGCCAGCGACUCAAGGAAUCUCAACAGGACCGACAUUUUGGUUAAUAUUAAUUCCACUGUCAGUGUUAAUACCAGUGUUCAGCUAUUAAAUUUAUGCUGAAGUUAAA